AUGGCAACUCUUGUUGAGCAGGAGGCAGGCAAAUUUCACCUAAAGCUGGCGGAGGUCUUUGAUAAUUAUGUAAUCGCUACAGAGGAAGAAGCUCCCCAUACGCAGACUCAGGGUCUCUCGCAAUUCAACUUUCAAUCGCAGGCUUAUAACGAAGAAAUCAAUCUUCGUCAAGAUCCAUUCGAAAGAGGAUUCGCUACCGAGAGCACGAAGAAAUUUCAUAAAAAGCCCACCUUCCAUCCAAAGCCUUCUCACGAUUCAGACAGUGAACCUGAGCUUGUCCCAGACCCAAAACCUUCACGAAAAUCAGCUUCCAAUAAACCGUCGAGUGAGCCCGAGCCAGAGCUUCAACCAGAGCUGACAAAGAAGAAAGAUGUUCCGCGAAAACGUCUGGCUGAUCCACACGUGAAUACGAUGCAUACACUAAGCACACCAACUCCUCCUCCUGAAGAGGAGCUAGUAAGGAUCCCGAAAAAGUCUGAUAAAGUCGCCAAGAAAGCUGCUCCCGUCCCCAAACCUCAAGCUCCUAAGCCAGAACGAAGCAAUUUCCCAAAAGCGCAGCCACUCGGAAAUCGUGGCGCUUUGCCGCGAAGACAGCUGCAACCGAUGAGCCAGGAUAUGCUUUCUCAGUCACAGUCAUUCAAUGAGUCUCCGGAGCCAAAGAAACCAGUCCUUCCCCGAAAGAGAGAAGUCGGCAUAAAGCAAAAACGAGUCCCAUCAGCCUCCGAGAGCUCAAGCGACGAGGAUAAGACAGUCAUUCCUCGAAAGUCGCGCACAAAACCUUCGAGCAGAUCUCUCUCGAACGUACCAGAUAAACCAACUGAGGAAACUCCAGCUCAGAAGAAGCAGCUUUCGGAGACCACCCAUUUCAGCGGUAAUUUUGAUGGUCUUCCUCAAUCUACAAAAAUUGGCGAAAUGACUCGAUCUGAACUCCCUAAAGACAGAAUUAUUCACGACUUCAACCCGAAUAAUGUGCCGCAAAGUACAAAGAUUUGCAAUGAGUCUGGUCGAGGUGAAUUCAACGCUAAAGAAGCGCCUCAGAGCACCAAAAUCUCCGAGAAAUCUAUGCCAAGUGUCAUUGACGCCAAGUCUGUUCCUCAAAGUACGAAGAUUGACUUGAGAAAGAAUUGUUCUCCGCUAGUCCCUGUAGGACCCGUAGAAGCCAAAUUAGACAUAGAUUUGGGUCGCGAAGAAGCAUGCAAAAUUAUUCUUCGGUGGAAAGAGGUUCCAGGAAGAUUAGACAAGCUUAUGGACGUUUCCCUUCCUGAGCAGCUCAGUGAGCUUGAGGCUAGACUCCGCCACGAAAACCAGCAAAUAAAAGUGCAGAUAUCCUCCGAGCUUCAAACGCUUACUGGAAAGAUGGAAGAAGAGUUUGCCCAGCAGAUGGUUCGAGUGACGGAACAAGUUCAGGGCGUCAAUGCAAAUAUGGAGAAUAUUUUCGAGAGUCAGCUGAAAGAGAUUGAAAACGAAAUGAGUGCUUUUGGGGAGCAAAAUCAAGAAGUCAAGAAUGAAGUGCAUCUCCUUAGAGGCAUCGUUGAAAAAGCAGCUCAGUCAACUGUGACCAAUCUUGAGGUUAUUCAAAAAAAUCUCGCAGAGAAGCUCGAGAAUGUCCAGCGAAAGUGUGAAGAGAAUACGAGUGAAAUUACCCUCGUCGGCAAACAAAUCCAGAACUUGACAUCUCUCUUCGAAACUUUUCUGGAAUCACAAAAAACAGCGGCCAAAAGCUGCUACGAAAACGGCGCCCGCUCAAAGGAGUCGAAAAAAAGAAAGAGCUCUCCUUUCGAAGAGCUUCCUCUGCCCGACAUCAGCAAUAACAUUGAGGGAUCCAAUGUGCCGACGGAAAACUACGAAGAGUCGACUUCAUACUCACCUCUUUCCAACACCGAGCAGUCAACUGACGAUGGCAAGAAGAACGACGAGACACUGUCAGAAAACCCACGAAAAAACUCUAAAAAGUCAAAUAUGAACGGCCUCAACAAAUCGAAAGCUCCCGUGACGGUCGCAGCUCCUGAAACUGCUCCAGUUUCCAGCGACAGCGAAAUCGAAGAUCUCUUCAAUGAAAAUCCGACCGAGCAGCUCUUGAACAAAUCCAGUCAAGGAACUGGUAAAACGAAAGCCUCUCCGGAGACAAUGGAUAUCGCGAGUCAGCCCUCCAAUACAUCAAUGGCCUUGUUCGGGGAUGAGGACGACGAGGCUACCCUUACUGAAGAGCCAGCGACGGUUAUUGAAUCUCAGAGCACUGAAGCACAAAAUGAAGAACAGAGCUCGAUUCAGGCGAUGUCAACUCCAAAGCGCUCGUCCAGAAAUAUUGGCAUGCCAGACGUACCAAUCUCUUCUAUUCGUCCGGCUCAUCCUGAUGGGCAUCUACAGUCGACUGCGAUGCAGGGUAGCUAUGCUCCUCAGCCGAACGACCCACUUGACGGAGUCAUCAAAAUGGAGCCAGGCGUGGUGCCGCCGAGUCCCAUUGGCGGAGGAACAAGCGGUCCGUUUAUCAUUCCGUCUCAGAGUCAAUCUCAGCAUUUACCUACGAGACAGAUGCCCCGUCAGUCCGAAGGGGAAAUUGUCCUUACUCUUUCCAAAGCGGAGCGGGAAACGAAACUGAUGGUGAAGGCUUUCUCCAGCCGCUUCCAAAACAUCACCUUCAGAAACAGCAUGUGCAGAUCCAUCACUCAUGUUGUCGCCGUUGAUGAUGCAACUCGACGAUGCAACCGAACAUUUAAGUAUAUCGCCGGGAUCGCUCAAGGUUGCUGGAUUGUAUCACUCGACUGGGUCAAGGACAGCCUUGAAAGAGGAUUUGUUCUUGACGAGCAUCAUUACGAAAUUAUCGGCGACCUUGAUCUGGACACCUCUCCGAAUGUGCCAAGAAUGUCGAGAAGACACAAGUCUAGAAGAAGAAUGGGUAAAGAGAAGAAGGGUUUGAUCGGAGAUUUCGUCGUCAGAACUUGCCGACCCUACGAUAUCAGCCUCUCGAAGCCAAACAUGCACGAGCUUUUGCUGAACAUGGGCGCGAAAGUAGUUGAGAACGAGGACGAGCUUAUCAACGACAAGGAUGGCCGAAAGGGAAUUAUUAUCUGCCAUGGCGGCCAAAAUCAAGAUCCAGCGGCCAGACCACUCUCUCGAACUGAGGCUCUCAAGGAUUUCUCUACUCAACAUAAUAUCCCGCGUGUCUCUCGAGAUUGGCUGCUCGAUUGCAUUCUCAACUGGAGCAACUUGGACGUCAAGAGCUACAUCCUCCCCAACGAUUGA